AUGAAGUCUACUCCAAAGGUAUCUCUCAUAGUCGCAGCCUUGCAGCCCGAAUUCGGAAUCGGCGCCAAGGGCAAGCUUCCGUGGCGCUUGAAACAAGAAAUCAAGUAUUUCAGAGACGUUACUAGCAUGAGUCGCGAGGGCCAUGUGAACGCUGUGAUUAUGGGCAGAAAGACAUGGGAAUCGAUUCCAGCAAAGUUCAGACCAUUGCCCGGGCGUCUUAAUGUGGUUCUUUCAAGGUCGUGCGAAACUUCCGCGGAAAACGGGGUCUUUUUGACCAAUUCCAUGGACUCGGCCUUGCGCACGCUCCAAGAACCCGAUUUUAUGCAUGAGAACAACAAGAUAGAUAAGAUAUUUGUCAUUGGUGGUGCCCAAAUAUACAAUGCAUUCGUGGCUGAUCCUCGCGUCGACAACUUGCUCAUCACAGAAGUGACAUACAAUGGAAACCCAGCGGAGACACCAGUUCUUGAUACAUUUUUGGAUUGGGACCUUAGUGCUUGGGAGAAAAAGACUGAAGCCGAAUUGCUGGAAUUUGCAGGUGUCGAUUACACGAAAGGGCUAGUCACAGAGGGUGAUUAUAAGUAUGAGUACACAAUGUGGGAAAGAAAGUGA